UUAUGAUUGUGGUGUUUGUAUAUCAGGUAGUUGUAGAAACUAUGAGACUAUUAUAAGAGGGUAGGUUUUUGUGUCGUGUUGCAUUCUUGAAUAAACGGCCAUACAAGACAGUCGCGUUCUAUUAUUCACCCUUACCUAAUAUAUCACAGUGGCUAACGAGGAUAAUUACCAGUGUUAAUUGCGUGCAUUAUCAAGAUUCACAAUGUCUAUCGGUCGAGUCGGUGAAUUCGAUGUGAAAAACGGUACGUGGUCGUCAUACGUGGACCGGAUAAAUAUGUACUUUAAAGUGAACAAUGUGGGUGAGAACUUGAAAUUACCGACUUUAAUUGCCGUGAUGGGGGACGAGGCAUAUGAGUUGCUGGUAAAUUUAGCGAGCCCUAAAGUACCAGCGGAUAUAACAUAUGAAGAGGCGGUGAAACUGUUGGAAAAUCACCUCCAACCUGCCCCAUCGGUGCUAGCGGAACGGUACCGGUUUCGUCAGAGGAGACAGAACGCGGGGGAGAAUAUAGCCGGGUACGUGGCGGAGUUAAAAAGGCUGUCACGGAAUUGUCGUUUUAAAGACGGACUAAACGAAAACCUAAGGGACCAGUUCGUAUGCGGCCUUCGCAGUGAUGUGACACGGCAAAGGCUAUUUGCCGAAGAUGACGCAAUAGUGUUCUCGGAGGCGGUGAAGAUCGCCACUUCUCUAGAAGCGGCGGAGCGAGACUCAGCCGCGGUCGAGGCAAUGGGGCCACCACGGGAGGAGGCGCCGGGAGCAGCAGAGAGCGUCAACGUGCACGCGGUCAGCGUGCGGGGGAGCAGCGAGGGCGGCCGAGGGCGCGGGCGUGGGCGCGCACCACGCGGCCGCGGACCACGUGGCGCGCCGGCGGGCGGCGGCGGCAGGGGCGCAUACCUCCGACGCUGCGCCGGAUGCGGCGCGGUGGACCACGAAUAUGCCAGCUGCCGGUUCCAGAGCUACGUGUGCAGUAGAUGCAGGCGCACGGGUCACCUGCGGCGCAUGUGCCCCGAGCGUGACGAGCGGGCGGCGGGGCCGGCGGGCCGGGCGGCUCGCUACCCGCUGCACUACGGCGAGCCGGCUGAGGACCACGAGGAGGUGGAGGUCCAGGCGGACCAGCACUUGGACCAGGAGCUGCACCAGUUGUGCUUGAACGAUUAUAGGGCGAUAUAAGGAGCUGCUGAGUGGCGGACUGGGCCGCUUCACGGGCGGCGCGGCGCGGCUGCGCGUGCGCGAGGGCGCCGUGCCCGUGUUCCAGCGCGCGCGGCCGCUGCCCUACGCGCUGCGGGAGCGCGUGGACCGCGAG